UUUCGUUUGAUAUGUUAAAUAAAAUUUCACACACCUUAUAAAAAAAUCCUUUAUUUAUAGAACCCAAAGAAGCUAAAACCCUUUUUCUAAGUCCACUCACAUUACUGCUCAAACGCCAAAACCAAAUCUUUUCUUUUGGUUUCUUGUAACGGCGAUGGACCAAUGGGGAAGAAGAAGCCUUUAUUUUCCGGCGUCUCAACCGCAGCCGGAAGAGACGCCGGAAAAUAACUCCGACCACCCACCUCGUCUGAACGGCUACCCUGAGUUAACCCCCACAAACGUUCUUCCGCUUGCAUCGGCCUUUGCCGGUUUAAGUCUAACCGGCGAUCAGACAAGAACGCCGUCGUUUGGUAUCCCUCCGCCGGCGGGGAGUUUAAUUGCUGAUUUCUUGGACCCCACAGUUGAUUACUUUAUGGGCUUUAGUGCCAAUGCUGAGUUGCAACAGGGUUUAAUCCGGGCCCACCAGAAUAAUGGGGCCCACCAGAAUCUUAAUGUGGGUCCGGGUAUUCGGGCAGACAUUCUCCGACGAAUGUAUCCAUGGUACCUGUACAGUGAUGAGUGCUGGAGAUGGAACUAUGACGUGGCAAACUACAAUGGCUUGCAUAACAAGGAACCCAUUCCACAGUUCCCAAUUCUGCCAUGUUCAAACCAGAAUUCUAGUAUUAUCUCAAACGGUGUUUCUUAUAACUAUAACUGCACGGCUGUACCAAGUAAUUUGAAGAAUAAUCAAUCUGUUUUAUUGGGUGAUAAUGAUUUGAGAGGAAAAGUGGUUGCUUUAGCAAAAGAUCAACAAGGGAGCAAAAUGCUACAGGCUAAGCUUGAGAAAGGAAAUAAGGAAGAAAUUGAAGUUGUACUUAGCGAGGUGAUUGAUUGUGUUACUGAUCUGUUAAAGAAUCAGUCUGGGAGUUACGUUAUUCAGAAGCUUUUUGUUGUUUGUAAUGAGGAGCAGAGGACUACUAUUAUUCAGGCUAUAACCAGAACUAACCUCCAGUUUGUUAAUAUAUGUUUCAGCCAACAUGGGGCUCGAGCAAUGCAGAAAUUGUUGGAGAACCUUAGUACUCCGCAGCAAACGUCGUUGAUAAUAUCAGCUUUAACUCCAGUUGCUGUUGCAUUGGCCAAUGAUCAAAGUGGUCAUCAUGUCUUACAAUAUUGUGUCAAGACAUUCUCUAUUGAGUACACCAGGCAUCUUCUCAAUGAAAUUGCAAAUAACUGCUUUACAAUUGCAACCCAAAAAAGUGGGUGCUGUGUGCUGCAGUCAUGUGUAGAAUUCUCUCAUGGAGAACUCAGAGAUCGCCUUAUAACUGAGAUCUUAACAAAUGCAGUGCACCUAUCAGAAGAUCAAUACGGCAACUAUGUGGUGCAACAUCUUGUGGGACUGAAGUUACCAAGAGUUACAGAAACUUUACUGGAAAGGCUUCAAGGAAGCUUUGUGACUCUCUCAUGCAAUAAGUAUGCUAGUAAUGUUGUUGAGAAAAUUAUCCUCGAGUCAGGAGAAGUGCACUCCACUAAAAUUAUCGCCGAGUUGCUCAGAAGCCCAAGUGCUUCAAUGCUCCUAGUGGACCCUUAUGGUAACUUUGUCAUCCAAACAGCAUUGCGAGUUUCAAAGGGCCACAUCUUCAAUGCUCUCUGUAAACUAAUCUACAUGAAUUCUGCAUCAAUGCAAAGUAACAUUUAUGGGAAGAAGAUCCUUGAUCGGUUGUGUAGCAAGAAGGAACCUCUACAUUGUACAAGAUUGUACAAGCGACAGGUAUAGUUAACUCGGGAGUAGUUGACAAUGUGCCUUACAUUUUUCUGAUGGAAUUUUCGGGUUUAGAAGCAUCUAGUAUCGUGGUUCUAUCGUAUGUUGUUUGUUUUCUAUGUACGUUAGUGAUCUGAACUUGUAGGAUCAUAAAGCGGAGUAUGCAUGCGAGCCUCUUCUUAGCGUACUGUAUAUUUUUUGGUUCUAUCCAUAUUGGUUGUUAUAUAAUAUAUAUAGGGCUUGUAAGCAUUCUUGAAUAAGUAAGUACCUUACAAUAUUUCAUUCUUUGCUGAAUGUAAUUGCAGUUAGAAAUAUUUCUUUGACAGCUCUCACCUUUUACAUGGCCAACAAUGUGGGUGAACUGCAUUCUAUUUCUGCUAGUUGAGAUCUCAACUCAGCACCCUCAUCUUAAUUUUUUCAUAAGUUUUAGGUGCUUUUACUAUUUUUAAAACCCUUUUAGAGACCAAGACGAGGGGUCAUCUUCUGCAGCCCUUGGGCUCAAGAAUCUGUCUCCCACACUAUCAUUCUGAUUUCUUUUAACUUCCAUGUGAUUAUGUGAUCUCAGAGCUUCAAAUUACUUAACUGUUCGAUGAAUGAUAUUUGACUAGUGCCUCGUGCUAUUGCUGCCCUGCUCUAUUCAACCUACACUACAACUUCAGGUGACUACUUGUUAGAUCAGAUGUUCCUGAUUUAUAUUAUUUGAAGAAAUAUAUACUUAUAUUAACCUCGCAUCUGCUGUCACAAAAACAAAAACAAAAACAAAAGGUGGUGAUUGCAGCCAGCGGUCUCAUGAAUCUAUUUAGACUAAGAUAGUGAUCGCAUCUGUUUAGGGUAGUUUUUGGAUGAAAUUUUUUCUUCCACUCACAAAACGUCAACUUUCUUUUCAAAUAAAAUUAUUUUCAACACACCUAUUUUUUUUCUUUUUUCAAGUUUCAAUCAAAUCUAUAACUAAAUGUUUGCUAAGUGUUGGACAAAUUCUCCUAACCUGGCAUGCAUUGCGUGGAAGUAAAGGAGAAUCCACCCCUUAAGUCACAUCUUUCUGUAUUAGAAUUGAAGUAAAAUAGAGGCCCCAUAUUUGAACAAAUCAGUCCUUGGUUUUAACGAGUCAGAGAACCAUCUGCUAUAUGUUUUAUGGUGGUUCAUAUUCAGAGUAGUCUGCUCAUUUUCUAACUACGUCAGAGACCCCAACAGGCACAUGGCGCAUUGAAUACACAAUACGGCAGCGCAUUUUUUGACUUUGCCAAAUACUAAAAAGAAGGUAAAAUCUGAUUUGAUCAGCUAAAAGCCAGUCCAAACACCCCCUAAAUCAAUAGAUACAUCCCUACGAUACUCUCCCCAUGAGAUACAGUUGAAGGUGCAGAUGGCCAUAUUGUAGACAGUGAACACUAACUCUCUUUUUUUGACCUUAACAUCUAUUUUUAAAGUGAAUCCGACUAAUUCGGAUUCUCAUGUAAUAUGAUACACUAAAAGGACAAAAUCAUUCUCUUCCAAGGUAAUGCACAACCGUGAGAUGAAGGAAAUAGUUGCUCUAAGCUAGCAACUGCAAAUUUUUGUAAAAUUCAAAACCCAGUACAUUUAAAAUGUAAAAAUGACCAACUUAUUGAUGGAACAGAGCAGCAAAAUACAUAAGAGAGCUCAAAAGAGCCCCCAUUUAUUAAUCUUCACACAAUAUAUGACUAACAUACCUAGAAAACACUGAUAUUUAAAGAGGAAUGGACCACUGGGAUUUCUGCAUUAUAUAUAUGAGACUUGGUAAAAAGAACAGUGAAAUUCAAGGGCAUUUAGGCUUGCCCUUAUUAUUUUUCUUGUCCCUGU